ACGCCUUGGAUGAAAAAGGUUUCCACUUGCUGCUUGAAAGCCAGUUGGGAGGAUGGCAAGCAAACUUCCCUGGGCAGGGAGUUCCAUAGUUCCAAGAAGGCUCCCUGUUUGUUUUGCCACCUUCUUACACUUCCCGCAGUGGUAUUCCAUAAGUGAGCGAUCUCCGGGCAUUUACUUGAGGUUUCCAGGCUGUUUGGAAGUCCAGGAGAUGCCGUGCUAGAAACUUACAAAGCAAACCUUGCCCCCUCCUGUUCCACCCUCCACCAGGACCUCCCUGCCUUGCUGGAAGGGCAGGAGGGGCCCUUGUGGAAUGCCAAAUAUUCCCUCUUCACUGGGAGGGGCACUUCCUUUGAUAAACCCAGCUUCUGUGCCAGCUCUGGCGAAAGAGACAAUUCUUAGCCCUUCACUGUGGAGCUUUCAAAGCAGACAGGGGUUGUGUUAAUGGGUAAUGGGAAAGUAUUCCUUAAGUUUGCUUGAUGUGUGGCUUCCUUUGCAGAAAGCAGCCUUUGCCAACCUGGUGCCCUCCAGAUGUUUUGGGACUGCAGCUGUGCUGGCUGGUGGGAGUUGUAGUCCAGGCUGGCAAAUGCGGUUGGGCACGAGAGAAAGCACAUGGCGUGGAAGAUGGUUGGGUGUGGUAUCUUCUGAGGCGCAAUGCAAGACACCUGUGAGAGCCUCUUUCAGCUAUGUGGCCAUGGUGGAAGUCCAGCUAGAUGCUGACCACGACUACCCACCGGGGCUCCUGAUCGCCUUCAGUGCCUGCACGACGGUGCUGGUGGCCGUCCACCUCUUCGCCCUGAUGGUCAGCACCUGCAUCCUCCCAAACAUCGAGGCCGUCAGCAACGUCCACAACCUCAACUCGGUCAAGGAGUCCCCCCACGAGCGCAUGCACCGCCACAUCGAGCUAGCCUGGGCUUUCUCCACCGUCAUUGGGACUCUGCUCUUCCUGGCCGAAGUGGUCCUCCUCUGCUGGGUGAAGUUCCACCCGUUGAAGAAGAAGAGCCCCCUCGAAGGCGGGAAGCCCAGCAACGUCACUGAGGGUUUCUCUGCCGGCGAGGCUGCUGCCAUCACCUCGACCUCCAUCAUGGUUCCCUUCGGGCUGAUUUUCAUAGUGUUUGCGGUCCACUUCUACCGGUCGUUGGUAACUCACAAGACAGACCGCCAGUUCCAGGAACUGAACGAACUGGCCGAGUUCGCGCGGCUCCAGGAUCAGCUGGACCACAGAGGCGACACCCUCCCGCCUCCGGGCAGCCAUUUUGCAUAGAUACUCAAACUAUGAAAAUUGUUUUUUGUUGUUUUGUUUUUUAAAGCCAGCCCAAAUGUUUCUACUGUGCUCUCUGGACUCCCUUCUUCGUGAAUUUGGCUGGCCUGGAAAGACAGAUUAGUAGUACCGCAUCCUAGCUCUCUAGUGCUUUUAAAAAAAUAACAGUAAUGAUUCAAUGGGCUGUUCUUGCAGUGUUUUGAAGGACUGGCACCCGGAGGUUCAGGUGCUGGAGAGAGGACUUCGGAAUCUCUCCUCCUGCCACCUCCUGUCCUGUGGUCCAGAUCCUUGUCUUUUGACGCUGAUUCAUCAUGAGGGGAAAUGGACAUUCUGUGCUGUCAGGUUGGGGGGUGGGCCUGUGGGGAGAAGGGAGGAAGUUAAGAAGUUUGUAAGGAAGUGCAGCAUUUUACUUUGACAUGUUUAGUAACUAGCAUUUGAGGGGGGGAUUGUUUGCUUGUCAGAUUCAUGUUGCGACAACCUGAAUUCAAACCUGCUUGAGAGAAUCGAGGAGCAAUCUUUUGUUUUUGGCGUGAUCCUGGGUUUCUUAAAACCCCGGGAGACAAGUAAGAAGUGGACACAGAGCUGUGUAGGCAACAUCUCCCUGGAGGACAGAGAAGCUCUUAGCCAGAAAAUUCAGUUUCCAAGUACCAUGACUUUUGAGAGAGAGAGAGAGAGAUUUCUAGGCUGCAGGAUGAGCACCCUAUUUAACUCUUCAGUUCACUUGAGUUGAAGCAGAAUUGAAUAGGAGAAACUGAGCACAUUGGCUUUAAGUUAGCAGGAUUUAUACAGUAAUUGGCGUUCUUUCCUGAAAAACAUGGGUCAUCUUUGAACACAUUUUGGCUUUUGUUUGUUUUAAAUAUAUCCAGCUCAUUUAUAUUCCAGGCCAGCACAUCCUAACCGUACUUACCUUUGAGUGAGCCUCUUUGAACAUAAUGAGCUUACUUGCACACAAGCAUAGAAGAUUGUAGAACAGGGAUGGAGAGACCUGGCCCUCUGGCUCUUUACUGGGUUCCAGCUCCCAUCAGCCUCAGCCAGCACGGCCCAAUGGUCAGGAAGGAUGAUGGGAGUGGGAGUCCAGUGACAUCAUCAGGAGGCCCCCAGGCUCCCACCCCACCCCUGGGUUAUUGGGGAAAGUAAGAGUGAUCCUGACCCCACCCCCAACCCCAGGUUAGAAUGGAGAAUACCAUGGCAGCAAGAGCGCUGUCCCUGGGGCAGAAGUUAAUUGUUCCCUUCAUUAAUGCAUUUGCAUUUUGGAAGUGCUCCAAAUUCCUUUUGAGUCUUGUUGCUUGGAGGUUUUGUUAUGCUAGAACUUUUAUACAGGACUCUUGCAGUGGCAGCUACUAAUGGCAUCACUUCACCACCACGGCAGCUGCGCUGCAAAUAUCAACCAUUUUCACUGCCUUGGUUAAAAUAGCCUUGGCAAACUGGUUCUGUUUCUGUAGUGUGUGCAGACCCUUGGUCCUGUGCUUCCCACCCGUAGACCCAAGGCCCUUGUUUUACUUUGGGAGAAAGUGUGUUUGGCUUACGAGCGUUCUUCUGCCUGUUCCUGAGGGCCAGGUUCAGUUCCCAGCAUGGCUUCCCUGGGAACACUAUAACCCAGAAUUGAACACUGUUGUUGUGAGUCAUUUUGGGGAUUUGAAAUGCAGUGUUUAAUUUAAAGCAAAGAAGUAAAUGCAGGAAACUGCCUUGUCACUGGCCAGAGUAGUUUUCAGUUUAGCCCAGUGUGGCCCCCACUUCCUGGCGGCAGCUCUCCAGAGUCCCAGGGUUUCAAACAGAAGUCUGUGCCAGUCCCAGAUGGCGGGGAUUGAUGCUCUGCCACUGAGCUAAGGUCCUUCCUUUGGACCUAUAUACAUGGUGCUUUAGAGAGCCCUGGGUGGGCAGGCCCCUUUGCCACGGGGCUAUUCAGCCCAAAACAGGCAUGGGGAAACAGCAAGGAAGACAUAAAGGAGGCCAUGGUAAACAGGAAGAAAAUAUGAAUAUGUGAUUGUUUCUGUUGCACAUACUUGGUUACGGUAGGUAUUGUGGGUUGUUCCCAAAGGUUUGGCUUAACCCCCUGAUGACCCACAGCAACCUUCGCUAACAUCUGGUGCCUUCCAGAUGCGGUUGGACUGACAUCUGGGUGAGGGUGGAGGCUGCCUGUACAGGAUGGAUCCCUUGUCAGAUUCUGCCUAAAGCAAUUCCUUAAAACCUUUUUUCCAGAGGGACCCAUGUUCAUGGAUUGGCAGCAAAGCAACAAACGGUGUUGUAGCUGCCUAAAGCAACCAACACAUUUAUUAUGACAGAAGCUUCCAGGAACUGCAGUCGGCCUUCCUCAGAUGCAAACCUGCUGUUUGCUUUGGUGUGUGCUGUGCCCUUUGAGGGCAAGAGGGAAGGAAGACAGUGGAUGUGCUUUGUCCUCUCUCUCUCUCUCUCUCUCUCUCUCUCUCUCUCUCUCUCUCCCCCCCCCCCAAUUUACUGCUGGACUUAACAGGGUUUGCACUUUGAAGUGGAAGUGUGGUGUUAAAAUUGCUGCUGGACUAUCUGGGACUAAUUAACUGCUGUUUAUUUCUGCCUGGGAUGCUUGAAAGACAGUUCUAAGUGGGUCUGGACCAGCUCGUCAGCGUUGCUGUCAUCCAGUCUGAAGAAAUCGGGGAGUUCCACUUUUCUUUUUGGGUCUCUUUUUUUUUCUCCUCUUCCGAAGUGCCUGGCAUUUCCCCUCGGCACCUGAGGAUACAGGGUGGCUCCUGCUUUGGCAGUUUAUUCCCGCAGCAGGUUAACUUGCAGAAGUGAAGCACUUUUACUACUGAAGUGAACGCUGGAAUGAAGCUGCCCUCCAGAGACCGUUGGACUACAGUCGGGGAUAAUGGGAACUGUAGUAUCUAGAAGGCAUCAGGUUGAGGGAGGAAGUAACUACAGAUGUUUCUAGACCAUUCACUUGGCUCCAGAAGUGAAUAUAUAUUAAUUUUUUUAAUAUCUUGGGGAAAUGUUUGGAUCAACAAAUGGUUCCGAAAUGAGAGUACCUAAUUUAUAUAUCAUUUAUAUGCCACUCUUUAAAAUAAAAAUAAUAACGAGCGAAUCAGAUUCUAAUCUGUAAUUUGGCGAAGGGAAUCUGGCCCUCUAGAUGCUGCUUGGUUACAGCUGCCCUGUCCAUUGGGCAUUCUGGCUGGGGCUGGCAGGAGUUGGAGUGCAUCCGCAUCUGGAGGGCCACAUGUACCCCUUCCCUGCAGUAAGGACCGUGGGUGGAAUCUGAAAUCUACUAGCUGUUUUUUUUCUUUUCUUCCUUAUGCAACCUCUUCUGUGGUGUCUUGGAAAAUAUUUUCAGGUUCUUUAGGAACAUUAAUCUUUUGGAACUGAUGUGCGUUUACUUCUGGCACAUUGAAGUCUCUCUGUAUAGAAGUGUUUAUCAAGAAGGCUUUGAAAUGUA